AAAAGUCGUGGGGACAUUUUAAUAAGAUGCGUGCUCUGGCGCGCGGGUCAUGCACCUCUGGCAUCUCUCCUCCUGCUGUAAAGAGAAAAUGAAACCAAAUUUGUUCAGAUUAACCUGGGGUUUACCCAUAACCAGACAGACAUAACCGAUCUUCUGUUCUGUUCUGUUCUGUAUCCGACGGCUGAAUGUGUCAUUUUUGAAGAAAACUUCUGUCGAAAAGCCCACCUCUUCUCCUUCACACUUCACACAGCGGCCCCAUGGCUUCCGCAUUACCCAGAGGCGCAGUGACGUCGAGGUCCUCCCCCAAACGGAUGCAGUGCCCAAGGUGCCUCCAGUCGGAAUGUCGAGUGGUGGACGGCCACCGUUGCGUCUGCCGCCCGUGUUCCAAGUCCCUGCGGCGGGUCUACCACUACUGUUGGGCCUGCCAGCGUGAGUGGCCCAGAGGCACGGCUUCGAACCUGGGUGGCGCCUGCACUCUCCCUAACUGUGGCAAGCGUGCCGCGUUACUCCAUGCAGACACCAUCCGGGACAAAAGCAGUGCUGCCGACUGCUGCCCGUUCUUCAGGGCCUGUCCCGCCUGCACAGCCCUGCUGACCCACGACGGGACCGGGUGCAGAUACAUCACCUGCCCAGCCCCCAACUGCCACACCGAAUUCUGCUUCCGCUGCCUACAGACAGAGUGCAUCCUGGAGGAAGAGGAUGAUGGCUCCUACCUGUCUGGCUACGAGGAUGAAGAGCCUGUGGACCUCUGUGUCAUCGUAGGCAACUUUGCAUCUGCUGAUAAGAUUUAGCCCAGGGGUGUCAAACAUCCGGCCCACAAUUAAAACAAUUUUUUUUUUGCUUUUUCAUAACUGAAAUACACAAUUCUGCCACUGGGGGAAACAAAGGAAAAUUGACACCUCCAUGACAUUAACCUCCCUAUCUCUCUCUCUUACCGUAUAUGUAGUGCAAGUCACACUUAUCUAUUAUAAAUGAUGAAUUUGUACCGUGACGGGCAUUUGAUAAAGCUCAUGUAUAGGCCUA